AUGUGGUCUAAACGACCAUUCAAUCGAACACGACGUCCGAUUAGCAACCCCACAGCGGCCGAGCCGGCUCCUGCGGAUCAUGCGCCGAAAAAGCCUGCAAAAGAUUUGCCAGCGCUGCCAUGUGAUUUGGACUCGACCUUGCACAGCCAGCCUAGCAUCUCACCAGCGGAAGUAGCAGCUUUCUCCGUCUCGCCGAUCGACGAUAAUGAUAUACUACCCCGCCAUGAGCGCAACGACUCUCGGGCCUCUGCGUCUGCAUCCUAUCGUUCGCUGGAAUUCUUACACCCCAUACCGAAGACCGUUUCAUUCGCGCCUGAUCACGACGACCCGCCGGGCGAGGCCAGUCCAUGUGGGAAGACAAAUCUGGUGAAACCGCAGAAUACGAGUUCCCACAAGGCUUCCGCAUCUCACAGCUCCAAUCUUCUCCACUGGGGACGGGAACAACUCCACCCCAAGAAGAAGCUCACCCAGGCCCGCAACCGAAUCGGCAGUUUCUCGAGGAACGAAUCGCCACAGCCAGAGUCUAGAAGUCGAUCAUCAUCACGUGGAUUUCCACUUGGAGAGCAUUCUAAUUAUUCUGGCACGAACUACGGAGACAGUCACUUGUCCACACUGGGCUUUGUUCCAUCCGUCGUGACGACGAUCACCGCCGGGGAUCCAACAUCCUUGUCAGAGAGACCGGCCCAAGGAAUACCUUUAGUACCACCCAAGAACAUCCGCCGUUAUCUACCAGAACCCAAAUUUGACCCAGGACUUGACAAAGAACUUGAAGACAUGAUGCAGCCCUCACAACCAGUGGAUCAGACCGACGGCGUCAAUACCGUUGCCGGGGCUAGCAGCACGCUUGAAGCCCCGCUUCCGAAUGAUAGCCCCCGGGGCAGCCUCAACUUCGAGAAUGGGUCGACAGAUGAUCUCUCUAUCAUGUCGCGACGACGCCCAGUUCCCAACGCGAUGCUGGCCUCAAAGCCGAUAUCCAAAAAGCCUGUACGAAAGCCUACUCCGUCGGAGGCGGGCCGAGCAACGCUCUCAGCUCAGCCUCCAGUGAAUGACCAACCUAAAGAUUCCCAAAGUCGCAUCGAAUCUCUCGAGGCUAGACGCGAUGAGCUUGCAAAACGCAGGUUCGCCCUGGAGACAGUGAUCAAAGAGUUGACUCGCGUCAUUCAGCCCGCCUCUUAUGCGUAUGAUCAGGCUGCCAAGGCGGAGGUGAAGAGAAGUGUACAGAGCAUCGAAAAUGAGAUCGCCGAGAUAAAGAGGGAGGAGCACGAGCUGGGAAUGAAGAUCACUCGGGCCUGGAGGCGCUUGGACGAGAAGGAGAACAAUGGCGAUGGCAGUAACCUUUGGGUCAAGCGUGUCACUAGUUAG